CAUCAAACCACAGAGGAAAACUGCAACAGGGGCAAAACAGAGGGUGAAAAGUGAUAGAAAUCAUAUUUCCAAUAUUAGUGAUCGAAUCGCCUUUUUGAAUCGGAAGUUAAAAAGAACACCUAAUUUUCUUGACUUUCGACAACUUUUUCCCACUGUUUGGUGCGGCCGUGUGGGGAUGGAUGAGAUGCGGCCUAGCAGCGGAGCAGCAGCGCACCUCGGCCUCGCCUCGCUCUUUCCCCCGGGAUUGCAGGCCAUUUAUGGGGAAUGCAGGCGCCUGUAUCCCGAUCAGGCGAACCCGCUGCAAGUCACAGCCAUUGUGAAGUAUUGGUUAGGGGGUCCAGAUCCUCUGGACUACAUUAGUAUGUACAGAAACAUGGGAUGCCCUGGACAAGAUGUACCGGAGCAUUGGCACUAUGUCAGCCUGGGUCUCAGUGACUUGUAUGGGGACAACAGAGUUCAUGAAUUCACAGGUCUAGAGGGCCCAAGUGGUUUUGGUUUUGAGCUCACCUUUCGCCUGAGACGAGAAGCAGGAGAGACAGCACCCCCUACCUGGCCAGCUGAGCUCAUGCAAGGCCUGGCUCGAUAUGUGUUUCAAUCAGAAAACACAUUCUGCAGCGGUGAUCACAUUUCGUGGCACAGUCCGUUGGACAACAGUGAGUCUAGAAUCCAGCAUAUGCUUCUGACGGAGGACCCGCAGAUGUUGCCAGUUCAGACCCCCUUUGGUCUCGUCAGCUUCCUUCAGAUUGUGGGUGUUUGCACAGAGGAACUGCAGGCAGCACAGCAGUGGAACGGUCAAGGCAUUCUGGACCUGCUGAGAGGAGUGCACAUUGCUGGGGGUCCAUGGUUAAUCACUGAUAUGAGAAGAGGGGAAACCAUAUUUGAAAUUGAUCCACACUUGCAACAGGAACGAGUGGAAAAGGGCAUAGAGACGGACGGCUCGAACCUGAGCGGUGUCAGUGCCAAGUGUGCCUGGGAUGACUUGAGCCGACCUCCCGAGGACGAGGACGACAGCAGGAGCAUUUGCAUUGGGUCACAGCCACGCAGGCUGUCCGACAAAGACACUGAACAGAUUAGAGAAGCCCUGAGGAAAGGACUGGAGAUUAACAGCAAGUCCGUCCUUCCUCCCAUCAGCAGUCAGAGGCACAGUCACGACCGGCCACAGUAAGUCCUGCCCUUUCAUGACAAUCAGAUCUUCAGGACUGUGUGAUUAUACUGGUCGAGCAGAUGUAUGGUUUACCCAGAGCUGUGACCUUAAUUCUGGAGGUAGCAGGUUGAGGCGUUUGUUUCAGGACACCAAACUGUCUGGUUUGCUAUGCCACCUGUUCGGGACUGGGUAGCAUCCUUAUGGUUUGUGGAUAAGAGAAAAAAGAUGUUUGGCGCCAGGGUUAGGUGAUGUGACUCUAUGUACGUGGUGUGAAAAGUGUCACCAGAUAAAUAUUUUGCUAUAUCGUUUAUAGUUUAUAGCACACAGGGCUUGGAGAUUAUGAUUAUAGGUGCUGCGAAUCAUGAAAAGUGUUUAAGUUCGUAUACGUCUACUGCUAUUGCAUUAUAGUGCAGUCGUUGAGCAUUGUAACCAAUCACAGACAUGUAAAUUAUUAGUAGGGCUGGGCAAUACUGGGCAAUUGAUUUCUUGAUUUAAGUCAAGCGUCAUUUUGAUCAACCAAUAUUGAUUCUUAAAUCCCAAGAUUAGUCUUUUAGUCGAUGUUCUUUUUAGUUGAUGCUUGAACAAAACUGCACUAAACUUUAUUUGUAACAAGCCUGCUAUCCAGUAAUUACAAGUGGAACUCAAGUGAACCAAUCAUAUCUUCAACUGUACUGCUAGUUAUACCAUGUAAUAAACAUGAAUGAACAUUAGAAGGUAUAGUCAAAGAAACUUACUGAAAGGUAUCAUGUCUCAUGUAAUGGCUUAAUCAGUGUUUUACCACGGAAAAAUUAAAUAAAUCCAUAAAUUACCUGACAUUAAAAAGAUACAACAAAGAUACAUCUCAACAGCCAAUAUAAACGGCAAGAGAGAGAAGUGUGACAGAACUCUACAAAGUUAACUGAUCAUGAUAUUAUGUGGUACAGGACUGUUAUAUAAGAUUUUAGUCAUGCCGCCCACUCCUAUUUGGUGUACACUGCAGUUAAAAAUGGCUUUUAAGCAGGCAUGCAAUUUUAAAGGAGUUAAAGGAAUGAGUUUCAUGAGCUUUGGUUGGUCCAGCAUAACAGCUGAAUAUGAUA